AAGGAAAAAAAAAAAGUCCAAGUUGAUUCUAAACGGCAAAGGGGUGACGCAAAAAGAACACAAGGCCACCAAACCAGCAAACCCCGCGGUGGAAGAAAAAACCCACUCCCUAUAUUCUCUCUUGGUCCUCUCUCUACCUCCUCAUUUUUUUAUUUUUAUUUUUUUGGGAUUUACACAGCGCUUCAUUCCCAUAUUUGAUCCUCUCAUCUUCUUCACGACUUUUGACUGGAAAUUUUGAGGCUUGACUGCUUGAGUGAAGAGCUAAAGACAUGGCUGGUAAUGCAGCAGCCUGCGCCGAGAGGGCAACAAGUGAUAUGCUGAUUGGUCCAGACUGGGCAAUAAACAUUGAAUUAUGUGAUAUCAUUAACAUGGACCCAGGGCAAGCAAAAGAUGCAUUGAAGACACUCAAGAAGCGCCUUGGCAGUAAAAAUCCUAAAAUACAACUUCUGGCUCUUUUUGCCUUGGAGACUCUCAGCAAAAACUGUGGUGAAAAUGUUUUUCAGCAGAUCAUCGAGCGUGAUAUCUUACAUGAAAUGGUUAAAAUAGUUAAGAAAAAGCCAGAUUUGAAUGUAAGGGAAAAAAUUCUAAUCUUGAUAGAUGCCUGGCAAGAAGCCUUUGGUGGACCCGGGGGAAGGUUUCCCCAAUACUAUGCAGCGUAUAAUGAAUUGAAGGCAGCAGGAGUUGAAUUUCCACCACGACAAGACAGUAGUGUACCAUUCUUUACUCCACCCCAGACCCAGCCAAUAAUUUCCCCUGUUUCAGCAUAUAAUAAUGAUGCUGCUAUUGAGGCUUCUCUACAGUCUGAUGCUUCUGGCCUAAGUUUACAGGAAAUUCAAAACGCUCGGGGACUAGUAGAUGUCUUAAUGGAAAUGCUUGGUGCCUUGGAUGCAAAGAAUCCUGAGUCUGUUAAGGAAGAAGUGAUUGUUGACCUUGUUGAUCAGUGUCGUUCUUAUCAAAAGCGUGUCAUGCUUCUUGUGAAUAAUACUACAGAUGAGGAACUUCUAUUCCAGGGAUUGGCACUGAAUGAUAGUUUACAACGUGUACUUGGGCGACAUGAUGACAUUGUGAAGGGAGUUCCCCCUACUGUUGGAGUAAAAGAAACAGAAUUUUCAGGAGUGCCACUUGUGAAUGUCAACCAUGAGGAUGAUGAAUCAGAAGAUGACUUUGCUCAGCUAGCUCACAGGUCCUCGAGAGAUAAUUUCCAAGGGCAAGGUCGGAAACCUGCCAAUACCAAGACUGAACCUGUGCGGAUUAGCCCACUUGCCCCUCCACCCUCAUCAAAAAAGCCGGUAUUUACAGAUGCUGGAUCUGUUGAUUAUCUGAGUGGUGAUGCCUACAAAUCUGAAGGAUUCGCUAAAACAUCAGAACACACCUCACAUGCCGCUAACACUAAUUCGAACGCUAUAAACUCUAGCUCAUCACCAUUGUUCACUGGUCGGCCUGUAUAUGAUGAGCCACCUCCCAUAAGCAAAUCUGCUGAUCAGCUGCAUCCAGCUCCCUGGGAGUCCCAGCCACCCGGCUUCCUUCCACCCCCACCUUCUAAGCAUAACCAGAGACAGCAGUAUUUCGAGCAACAAUCUUUCUCAAGUGGUGGUACUCAGACAAGUAGUGGAUCCAGUUCCUACGACAGUUUAGUUGGACAGACUCAGAAUCUCUCACUUGACUCUUCUACGCCAAACAAGCAAGUAAAACAAGAAGAUGCGCUUUUUAAAGAUCUUGUUGAUUUUGCAAAAGCUAAGUCGUCUUCGCCUUCUAAACCCAAUAGGUCAUUUUGAGUGAUCGGAGAGCUUGAUUUUAUUAGUGGUACAGCUUAUGACCGUCGUAAAUCAGAUUUUACAUCAGAUCAUGAAAAUAUUUGUUAUUAAAUAAUUGUUGGUAGGGACCUUGGGUUUUUGGUUUGUUCAUGCUGUUUAGCUGGUUUAUUUUGUGAUGGCCCGCUUAUUGCACAUAAUUAAAUAUAUUCAUGUUCGCUUUUUUGUUUUA